AUGCCUUUUCUAGGUCGUUCGCGUUCACUCGUCGCGCUCGGCGACUCGCUCAACGGCGACCAGCGACCGCCACAUGGCGAAAGUACCAAGGCGUCGACGUCGACAUCCCCGGGACUGCUGACGCGGACGCGCUCGAGGCUCGGACUGUCACCAAACCAUGCUCGCAGUGAUUCUGGCGGAGUCACGAUGCCGGAGAGUAGCCCGGACUUGCAGCCGCCCAAGACGCCCCGCGCUCGGACGAGCGCGCUCUACCCACCCUUCCUGAGGAAAAGCCUCUCGCGCCCCAGCCUUCGCGACGGUGCCAGCAACCACCCACCAAAAGACUCGCCGCCGAGCACGUCGACGGACUCGUCGCCGCUCAUCCCGCCGCCGCCCUUCCCCAAGAAGACGUCGGAGGUGCGCCUCAACGACGAGCGUAUAGGAUUUCCGUCGACAGAGAGCCUCGGCUCGGUCCUUGCGCGCGGGCUCAAGAGCACCAACGAAGCGCAUGCCCGUGCACAUGCCCACGCGCAUGCAGCCGCCUCGCCCGACCCGCCGACCCUCCUCUCCUCGCCGACGCCCUCCCGCUCGUCAAAGCUGCUCAACCGCGUCUCGCGCAUCUUCGGCGGCCGGGAACACGGGCGCCAUCUCAGCACGGGUGCGGCGCUGGGUCUCGCGGUGGAACACGUCGCGCCAGCCCGCUCGUCCGCGAGCGCGACGUCGCGUUCGCCGUCGCCCGAAGACGACGAGGAAAUGGAGAUCCGCCCGCCGAGCGGCCUAGGCCGGCGCGGCUCGCUCUUCUCCAACGUAUCCCUCCCGUCGCCCACCACGCCCACCACGCCCGUCUCCCCCUUCUCCUCUUCCACCCUCGGCAGACCGGGCGGGCUCAAGAUCAAGAUCAGUGCGGCAGGGACGGGUCCCAAUCUCGUGACGAGAGGGCACCGAGAGCGGAGCAUCAGCUCACCCGACCUUUCCUCCGCGCUCGCACCUCCCUCCUGGAGCUCGCUCUCGCUCUCCUUUCCGUCCUCCACCUCAUCUCCCCGCCCGAUUACUCCCCCAGCACCGCCUGCGCGCUUUCCCCCUUCGGUUCUCGCUCUUAUCUGCUUCUUCUCCUCCCCGGCCAGCCUUUGCGCGCUCGCGCUGACUUCUAAAUCCGUCUGCCGUCUCGCGCAGGACGCGCUCUACUCAUCCAUCGACCUCUCCCUCCUCCACCCAGCUCUUGCCGAACGAUGCCUCGCGACGCUCUCCACCCGGCCGCAUCUCUCCGCCCUCGUGCGCACCUUCGUCCUGCCCACGACACCCUCCUCCACCAGUGCCCCCUCCACCCCUUCCACGCCCUCCCCCACAUCAACUGCCCUCGCCCUCUGCCUCGCGCUCCGCACCAUGUCCUCCCUCAUCUCCCUCUCCGCGCCCUUCUCCCCAGCGCUCGCCUACGCCCCUCCCACGCCCACCCUCACCCACGUCCGCAUCCUCUCCUCCUCCCUCUCACCCGCCGAACACGACCGGCUCCUCGCCUGGCUCGCCGAGCGGCCCUCCAUCACCCGUCUCGCGCUGCCCUCCCUCUCCGAUCCUCCCCCGACCCCGACGGCCGACGACGCCACACCGCCCGACGCCUCGACGCUCCCCCGCCUCGCGUCCUACACCGGCCCGCCCGCGCUCGCGGCGCAUCUCGCCCCCGGCCGCCCGCUCGUCAACGCCACCCUCGUCGUGCACACGACGCUGUACGACGGCCUGCGCCCCGCCGCGCUCAUGCGCGCGCUCUCCCUCGCCUCUCCCCGUCACCCCCCCUCUUCUUCUGCGUCUUCCUCCCUCCUCCCCCCCGCUUCUUCUCCUCCUGCGCCCUCGACACCCGCGACGCCGUCGGAACCGGGCACGCUGCGCGAGUUGGGCAUCCACGCCGCGCCCCGCGUCGACGCGCGCACGCUCGAGAAGGUGCUUAUGGCCGCCGGAUCGCAGCUCGGCGAUCGGUUACGCGAGCUCGAGGUCGGCGCGGGGAUACUGGACGAGAACCUGUACAAGAUGAUCACGCCCGUCCUGCCGCGAUUCACAUCGCUCAAAACGCUGCGCGUCCUUCCUUUGCUACCGAAUUUGUACGCCUCCUCCUCCUCCUCGUCGUCGUCGUCGGUCGAGGUGUCGCCCGAGACGGCGCGCGCGUGGGCGAGGCUGUGUCCCACCCUGGAGCGGAUCGAGAUCGGGAGGGCGCGCGCCGGGGGGAAGGCGUGGCGCGUCGCGUCGAGGCGCAAGCGGGGGGUGAAAGUUGAUCGCAGGGAAGAAGAUGGGGAGGAGGAGGGGGAGGAGGAGGCGGGGGUGUCGUUCGAGAGGGUCAUAUUGGUGUCGGUGCCGCCGAGCCCGGUCGCGUGGGACCGGCCGCGGUGAAGCGGGACGAUGGAUAUGGCGCUUCG